AGUCAAAAAAAGUGUGUUGGCAACAGUUUGACAACUGAAAGAAGAACACAUCCUUUGGAAAGUACUAUAUUUUGGCAGAUUGAUUCUAAUUUCGUGUGGUGUUCUGAUGGAUUUUCAGGCCUUUCAAAUGGAUAAAUGGCUAUAUUUGAAGAGGAAAUAAGCAAGAAGGUGACGCUUGAUGACACUGAACCCAUAACAUGUCACAUUGAGAAUUGGAAGACCACCAAUGGACACACGGAAUUUGUAAUAAAAGUACAUAGAGGGCCAUUUACCAACGAGACCUGGCGAAUACAAAAAAGAUACAAUGACUUUUUUAAGUUGCACUCUCAGCUGCAGUCGUCAGGACUGCAGUUGCCUUUGCCACCAAAAAAGCUCAUUGGAAAUAUGGAACCAGACUUCAUUGCUGAAAGACAGCAGGGCCUUCAAAAAUAUUUAAAUAUUAUCCUCAUGAAUCCUAUACUAGUGUCAUCUUUACCAGCCAGAUCCUUUGUGGAUCCAGCUAAUUAUUGCCAACCUUUUAGUGAGCAAGCACUGCAGCAUGUCUCCUUAGCUUUACGUGGAGAAGUAGGCUGGGAAGUCGUUGGACCAUUGCCGGACAUUGGAUGGAGACUCAGGAAACACUAUUAUCAGGUGAAAUGCAAAUCGUUGAACAAAGAGGAAUUGUGGGCGACUUGGGCUGAUUACGGGCCAGAUAAGUAUCUUGAGGAUAAGGAGAUGCAAGCCGUGUUUAAGAGUUUGAGCCAAAUUCAGCAUCCGUACAUUCACUCUCUAGAAAUGUGCUUGUGCACGGACGUUGGUGGACUUGUGGUGAGGAGUUUCAAUAAAGCUGGUUCGAUCCGAGAUUUGCUUUGCGGUGCUAAACCGAAAUUAUCUUUUAUGAAGAAGUAUGGAAAUCCCAAAGGACACAAGUCGUUCGAGUCACAUAAAAUAGCUCUUUACGGAAGGCAAAUUUUAGAGGCGUUGAAAUUUCUGCACGACAAAGGCUUGCCUUACGGGCAUCUACACACUGGAAAUAUUUUAAUCGAUAACGAACGGAUUAAGCUUUUAGACAUUGAGGACGGGAUACUGGGUGUUCCGAGUUUCUAUCGUCCGUAUUUUAUGCAACACAAGAAAAUUAACACGCUGGAAGCGAUCGAUGUGUACUCGUUCGGGCAUGUUCUCCACGAGAUGACAUUCGGUGCUCCACUGCACGAGAGCGUCGUCGAACAGCUUCCGCAGCAGGACUGUCCGACGCAUUUAAGGUCCGUGAUCGAGUCUAUACUAUCUCCAGAGGGAUGCAAAGUUGGCGUACCCACCAUUGACUCGCUGCUGAUGCAUCCGUUCUUCUCUUCGGUGAUCCUGACUUUGGAGGCCGGCGACAGGGCGCAUCUCAAAUUUCCCAACACCGCGAAGGAUCAUUUGAAGGUGAUCAGCACCCAGUUAGAGGAUAGAUUGAGGGAGGAACAGAAGAUCAUGAGGAAUCAGAAACGGCUGGUUCGUGCACAGGAGAAGAUGAGCUCGGAGGAGGAGAAGAAGAAGCAACGACAUAAGUUUAAGCAGGAACAGAAACAAGCCAGGGAGAAGAUGCGCCAAAGAACAAUCGAGGAAAAGGAUCCAAAAGUCAAUGGAAUUGGCGGAGAUAGAUCGGAAAGCGUGUCUAAUACUAGUACCGCUAAUUCUAUCGAUACUGCUACACCGCCUUCAAUGUCGAGUUCUUCGGUGCCAUCUCCACCUCCGCCGCCGCCUCCUCCUCCAGCUAUGACCGCUCCUCUUCUUCCGGCUACAACAGCUGCGGUGCAAAACGGUGGAACGGCAUUAUCUAAUGGCGCUACACCUCAAGCUAAAGACCGAUCGGCUCUUCUAGGAGCGAUUUGCAGUUUCAAUAAAACUGCGUUACGCAAAACCAAAGAUAAGUAGGACUUUAAAAAGAAAGGUGAGUUCAGAGAGAAAGAGGAAAUGUUUUUAAUUGAAUCGACUUUAAACGCGCUUUCAAGGGAGGGAAUGUAUUGAAUUCGCUCCCUAAAAUCGCAGUUCGAUAGAGUACAUUAAAAUUUUCAAGAAUAAUAAUAUUUAAACAAUCUCCAUAAGCUGCGAACGUUUUUAUUAACAUUAUU